CGCGCGUCUUAGUGAACAGUUGGUGGUGGCCAACUUGCCGGUUAGCUUUGUCAAUAAUAUUAUUGUAGUUCAGCUUGGGUUAAAGCCAAGGCAUUCACAAUUGCAGAAUACUCUUUUAAAAGUGAUUACAUAGGUUUACAAAUAUUACAUAUUUACGAAAUAAUUACGGAAUAGUUUGCCUUCGGCCUAUUGUAGCUACUAAGUGUUGCUUUAAAAAAAUCAAAUCACAGACGGCAAAAAAUCAAACUAACAACAACGCAUCAGCAAAUACGUAUGUAAAAAUAUAAAAAAUACAAAAAAGGGGAAAUUUGUUUACCAACUACUGGUAUUUCCUCUAUUCGACUGACAAUUGUGAGAAACUGUCCCAACUACUAUAUUUUAUCAACACAUUCGUCAUUGUUGUUGGAAUCAAUCGGUGGCGGCAACGGCUGAGGCAACAAUAAUUGUCCAAUUGAGAUUUCUCACAUAAUUGCAAAUUCAACAGAAUCACAGAAUAGCAGGUAGAAAAAUGCAGUGGCAAAAAUAACGAGCAAUCUAUGCGCUGCAAAAUAAGUAAUAAUAAACAAAGUUACAACUACAACAAUUUUGUUAGUAAAUUUUCUACUCAUUAACGUCAAAGGAGUUUAACAAAACGGAAAUUGUCUCUAGCUUGUUUGCCUGCAUUAUUGUUGCUAAUAUUGUACGUAAAUUAACAUAAAAAUACGAAAACGCUUCGAAUUCAUUUCCAAUUUGUGUGUUGAUACAGAGUAGAUAUGUUGUCAGUCUAGCGUCCAGGGCCUAGAUAUCGCGCGCAUUGCUGGUGUGCAACUCGAAAGUCAAAAUUUGAAUUUGCACAGUUUGCUGGCUAUUUCACGAUUUGAAUGUUUUCACAAGUUUCCUAAGCUUAAAAGAUCAAAUUAGAGGCCGCAAUACACUACGUCCCAAGAAAACUAUUUCCCAAAUACUUACAGAAGUGUUUUUAUUUUCAAGUGAUAGAAAGUGAACUAAAUAAAGUUCGUGUGACUUUUUGUAAUCUCCAAAAUCUAAACAAAAUAGUUUUAUGAGUGCCGAAGUGCUUUGUGAGUGGCCGCCAAAAAGUUGAAUCAUUAAAACAAACAACAAUAAAAGUAAACUGUAAAGUGACUUGAGUUGAAAUCUUUGCUUUGUAUUAGUCAGUCUUUGGGAAUUUUGGCUUUGUUUUUCGUUGGAAAUCAUGCAGACUUUGAAUAUUGCGGUGCUGCUCGCUUUGACCUGCUGCAAUGUUUUUCAGAUGACGCUUGCCAAAGAUUUUACCUACAAUGGGGCUUUGGGACCUGAUCAUUGGGCUGAACAAUUUCGAACGUGCAGUGGCAAGCAUCAAAGUCCCAUCAAUAUUGAUUCGCUAAAUGUGGUGAGACGCACGUAUCAGCCAAUGAUAUUCAAGAAGUUUGAGGAGCCACCUAAAAAUGCUGAAAUACUGAAUAAUGGACACACAGUGGUGGUACGUCUUGACUUCGCCGACAAACGUCCAACCAUAUCGGGUGGUCCCCUGGAUGGUGAAUUUGUUUUCGAACAAUUGCAUUUUCAUUGGGGCGAUAAUGACACCGUUGGUAGCGAAGAUCGCAUAAAUAACAUAUCAUUUCCCGCUGAGUUACAUAUGGUUUUUAGAAAUACCAAAUAUCAAACAUUUGGCGAGGCAGCGAAGGAGGGAAACGGUGUCACAGUCUUGGCCUUUUUCUAUGCGAUUGUAGCGCAUGAUAAUUUCGAUUAUGCUGAAUUCACUGAACUUUUAGAGCAAGUCGUUAAACCGGAUUCGGUUGCUAAGUUCCGCGAUCCACCCUGCCUUUGGGAUUUCAUACACUUUGAUGUUCAGGACUACUAUACCUAUAUAGGAUCAUUGACAACGCCACCUUGUAGUGAGGAUGUAACAUGGAUCGAUUUUCAGACGCCAAUAAGCAUAUCAGCUAAACAGAUCGAGCAUUUUCGCCGUCUGUACACGCACGGCAACAAACCGUUGACCCACAAUUUCCGUCCAUUGCAGCCGCUCAACGAUCGCACCGUCUUUUGCUCACUUCCUUUAACGAAUCCUGAUGAAACUGGUCUGGAGCCGCUAAGUGCUGUACCUUUCGUGGAUAAUUUGGUUGGCGGCGCAUCCGCACACAAGCCGGCUGAAAUUAGUCUUACGGUCAUGGCACUUCUAUCAAGUUCGCUCCUGUUCACAAGGGCUACUUUAGCAACGUUAACUUAAGCACACAAAAAGUGUUACAUUGCCUCAAUAUUAAGUUUGUGUUAAUUUAUUAGCUAUUACUGGCCUCAUUC